AUGCCUGUCAAAAGAGUUCUGGUCAUUGCAGGAUCAGACAGCUCAGGGGGAGCUGGUCUCGAAGCUGAUCAAAGGGUCCUUGCAGCCCAUGGAUGCUAUGCUCUCACUGCCACCACUGGGUUGACGGCACAAAACACACUAGGUGUGCAAGACAUCUUUGUUGUGCCCUCGGAAUUUGUGAGAAAACAAAUCAAUGCCGGACUGGAAGAUGUGGGUGCAGAUGUAGUGAAACUGGGCAUGCUCUCAUCUGCUGAGACCAUUGAUGUCAUCGCAGAAACGCUGCAAGCCCAUAAAGUCCCUGUAAUCGUUCUGGAUCCGGUUAUGGUUUCCACUAGUGGCUCCCAGUUGCUACCUGAAAAAGCAGUCAAGGAACUACGGACAAAGUUACUUCCUUUAACUACAAUUCUAACACCAAAUAUUCCCGAGGCUCUUCUAUUAUUGAAAGAUGCUGGAGCAGAGACUUCUGAACCGAAGGACCUAGAGGGAAUGGUUGAGCUUGCUAAGAAGAUUUGCUCCUUGGGUCCUAAGGCGGUUCUCCUCAAGGGAGGUCACCUUCCUUUGACAAAAGACCACGAGACAUCCCAAGAGAAAGAAGGAGCCUUGGUCGUGGAUAUACUCUUCGAUGGGACGACAACCACCUUGUUCGAGACAGAGUUUUUAGUAUCCAAGAAUACCCACGGUACGGGCUGCUCACUUGCUUCAGCAAUUGCCGCAAACCUGGCUUCUGGCAAGGACACGAUUAGAGCGGUCCGGAGUGCCGUGCGAUUUGUUGAGGUAGGGAUCAAGACAAGCAUUGACCUAGGUAAAGGGAGUGGGCCGAUCAAUCAUUUCCACUCCACCUACACUAUGCCCUUUGCGCCCGGCCGAUUCCUUGAGUACAUAUUGGACCGCCAGGAUGUGCAGCAAGUAUGGCGGCAGUUCACUCACCAUGAGUUUGUCGAAGGCAUAGGCCAGGGUACGCUACCUAUUGGGCAGUUCAAGGCGUAUCUUGUGCAAGAUUAUCUCUACCUGGUACAAUUUGCCCGAAGCAAUGCACUUGCAUCAUACAAGGCCAAGAGCAUAGAUUCAAUAGCAGCGUCGGCCCGGAUUGUCCUCCACAUACAGCGGGAAAUGGCAUUGCACAUCGACUACUGUGCCUCUUUUGGCCUUUCUAAGCAGGAAAUGGAAAAUACACCCGAAACUAUCGCAUGCACCGCAUACAGCCGAUACAUUUUGGAUGUAGGCCAAUCUGAGGACUGGUUAGCCCUCCAAAUGGCCCUCACGCCGUGCUUGAUCGGAUAUGGCGCCAUUGCAAAACGGUUGCAUGCGGGAGAAAACACUCUUCGAGAAGGGAACACCUACUGGAAAUGGAUCGAGAAUUAUGUUGCGGACGACUACACGGAGGCCGUACGACUGGGUUCAGCAUUGCUGGAGGAUCACAUGCAACAUGUAUCACCUAGUCGCAUGGAAGAACUGAUUAAGAUCUUUGUUCGGGCUACGGAAUUGGAGAUUCGUUUCUGGGAUAUGGGCCUUGGAGGCACGGGGCAAUAG